CUAUCGGGUUGCAUCCCCAGUAAGACCGGACGGGGGAGGGGGAGAGACCACCGAGUCUUCCCCUCAGUUUUAGUCAGUGCCCUGUGUUGAUAUAAUGCAGAGCUGGUUAUGACUAUUGGGAUGUUUUCACAUAACGCUAAUGUCGACCAAUGCAUAUCGAUAGUUUGGUGGCCAACGGAAGCACCGACGGAUUUGAAGUCAACUUGAAAAAAUAAUGGUAACGUUAUCUGUACGGCACCAAUAGGGGGUGUGCCAUGUAUGCUUGCCUGAGAUGAGAAUUAAACCCAGCCGCAACUUCCUGGUGGGUCUGUGCAUCUUGCUGUCCCUGGGAUGGCUCUACUACUGGUCAUGGAGGAUCAGCUCAGGACGCUGGGGCCACAAUGCCUUGUAUGACAAUCAAGGGUUCCUUCUGAAGCUGGAUGGUAGUCUGCCAUUGGAGCUAAUGCACAAAUACGGCAAUCUCAGCAAGGGAGCCUGUAAGCCUGGUUUUGCAGCUGCCAAGAUGACAGCCAUUUAUCCAAAGUUCACCAAACCGGCGCCCAUGUUCCUUGAUCCAAAUUACAAAAGAUUCUCCAAGAUUAAUCGUUAUUUGCCUCCGUUUGGUGUAAGAUUGCAAGAGAAGCUCAUAGAUAUCCUUCUGGCAGCUACUCAGAGCUAUGGCCUUGGGGAAAAACUGGACAGUAUGAAAUGUAAGAGAUGCAUCAUCAUAGGAAACGGAGGGAUCCUCGCCGACAAGUCUCUGGGACAGAAGAUUGAUGAGUUUGAUGUGGUGGUCAGGUUGAAUAACGCCCCAGUGAAAGGCUAUGAGAAAGAUGUCGGCUCCAAGACCACCAUGAGGAUCACCUAUCCAGAGGGGGCCAUCCAGAAGAUGGAAGACUACGAGUCUGAGUCCCUGUUUGUCCUCUCGGCCUUUAAAGCUCUGGACUUCAAGUGGCUCGCACACAUGGUUUUCAACCAAAAACUGCGCAGCAGUGAAGGGUUCUGGAAGUCGGUGGCCAUGUACGUUCCAAGAGACCACAGCAGCAUGCGCAUCUUAAACCCCUACUUUAUCCAGGAGGCCUCCUUCAAGUUGAUUGGUUUACCUUUCAACAAUGGACAGAUGGGCAGAGGGAAUAUCCCGACCCUGGGGACAGUCGCCAUAACGAUGGCCCUUCAUAACUGUGAUGAAGUAGCUGUAGCUGGAUUUGGUUACGACAUGAACACCCCCGAUGCCCUUCUGCACUACUAUGAGAAGCUCAGGAUGUCGGCCAUCAAAGAGUCCUGGACUCACAACAUAUCGAAAGAGAAGGAGUUCCUGCUGAAGCUGGUCAAGGCUGGAGUCAUCCAGGACUGGACCCAUGGCAUCUGUGGUGCAGGAUGCUGAUGGUCUGCACUCAGGAUGCAGCACUGCGUUUACCUUCCCCUGCACCAGCAACUGAAGAGGGGGGGAAGGGGGGGCCGAGAGGCUGGGUGGGCCCACGGUCCCAGCAGAGAGCAGCAGCGUUCACACACUGCUCUCGGUGCAGAGACACUGUGUGUGUGUGUGUGUGUGUGUGUGUGUGUAUGUAUAUGAGGCUUAUCGAUCGGAACACUCUGCUCCAGUGUCACAUAUCAAAGUAUUACCAGCCUCUGUAUUUAGCUUUUCCAGGUUGCAGGUUAGUGUAUAUUUACAUGGUUUAGUGCCCUGGUUCAGGGUUACGUCCGCAGUGUUUUAGCGAUCAAAGCAGCACCUAGACCUGGCUGCAAUCAUACUGUAACUGCUGCAGGCUGCGGAGAGGAGAGGAGGAGAGGAUAAAGAUGUUGGGUUUAAACAUUGAUCCUGUGCCAAGAAUACCUCUACAAGUGUCCUUCUGCUCGCACAUCUGAAUGUAAUCCGCAGUGCACGUAUAGUCUCUUUAUUUAUAUCUUCCAGUUUCUGUGGUAAACAGGGUGCACACUACAAUACACAUGACUCAGCCCUCCUGGACCAGUCUCUGACAUCUGUGGGUAAAGCCAUUCUGUUAGAGCGACAUGGCAAUCAUCUGAGCUUUAGUUGAGUCAGUAUCAAACAAGAAUAAGUGCUGCCUCAGCACGGACAUCACACUCAAAGGCAAAGUCCAGCGUACUGACCAGACCGGGGCUUCUACAACGUUUUACUCAAAAGUUAGUAUCUGACUCUUUUUUUUUUUUUUUUUUUUUUCUUUUUUUCUGUAAGGUCAGAGGUCCCCAACAAGUGAGUAUAACACAAAAAAACAAAGCAACAUACUGUACAUUCAAGUUGAGAACUCGCUGCGGCCACUUUUUUUGGGGGAGGGGGACUCCGAUGGAUCACAAAUCUAUUAUAUAUACAUAUAUAUUCAAUGUCACUUACAAUUUAUUGAUUAACAGUAAAUGGAUUUAAAAACACAAAAGGUGACACUACAUGACUUAUUCAUAACACUAGGUUUGGGCUGGGUCCGAAUUGGUCUAUAUGGACGACGACUUUUCAUUUCCGGGAUUGUUGGUUCCGGACAUUGAGAGGCUCGUCAGCCGGUGGUGUCAGCCCACCCCAUUCCAUUCAAAAGGAGAGGUUGUUUGAGAGGUUAAUUUCGUAAGAAUUUGAGGUAAAUGACAACUGUUUUUGAAUUGAAUUGCUUGCAUGACUACAUGAAUCCGUAUGAAUUGUAUUCCACCAUGCUGUAUUAAACCACAUCUGGGCACUGUCGUACACGGAUGGCGUUAGCUUGAUUUGAUUGUUGCCGAUUUGACACAAGUCCGUGUUUUUUGAUUUCUUUAGCACUGGCAUGAAGUUCAUAUCCAUUUGUAUAGCCCAAGAAGCUGUGUUAUGACCGUUUUUGCUUCUUAUUUUCAAGGUACAAGUCAGAUUUUAGGGGAAAUCAUUAGGAUCUGUCGCUGUAGUUCUCAUUUUACCACAGUAAAGGGUAAACUGGCUAACCCGGAUUAGUGAAAUGACACUCAAAGAACAGGGUCCAGCUCGGAGUUUAACCGUAUUGAAUUAUUUGCUGCCUAAAAUGUAUUUUGGGGGCACUGAAUGAUUGCUUAUGCAUUGAUGUGAAGUUAUAUAAUGUUGGACAGGGUUAUGAUGCUGAUGCUGGAUGUAAAGACUAGAGAUGUUCAGAUACCGAUCCCAUUAUCGGGAAAAGCCUUCGAUACCGCCUAAAAUGCUGGUAUUGGUGUCGGCGGGUACUGGAGUUUAUGCAGCGAUCUGAUACCAUGUAAUUUAGCCCUGAAGAAAAUCUACUUUAAAGUAGUUUAUGUUGUUUUUCCGUUAUGAAAGUUCUGACUCUGAUCUCACUUUUUUUCUAUUCAUUGCCCAGAAUAACAGCAGAACACCAAAACGUUCCCCCCCCCACAUACUCUCGUCACUCGGCCCUGUCAAGGGCUGCUACCUCAGGCUCUUUAUUUACGUCUGUGAUUGUGACUGAUGUCUGAGUCACAAUCCGUGACGGACGUAAAUAAAGCAUUAUGUACAUAUAUGUCGCUUUAUUCACUAAGAUCAACUCCAUUGUGAAGUCUGUAUGUCUUUGUGUUGCUUUAUACACUCUGGCCUGCAUAGUUUGUGGAUGUGGAUGCUGGUCAGAUGUUCAAUCCAAAGUAUUCCCAUAUUUAUUGUAGGCUAUGCACAAGAACGCAUUAUACAAUAAAGAUAUAAGGAUGCUGAA